UUAUCUGCUCGCUAAAGUUCUAUAAAUAAAUUGAAAAUUAAUGGAAAUUCUCCUAAAGCACUACCUAUUACAAAAUAAAAAAAAUAAUACUAAACGUUGCAUUAAAAACAUUUGGCUACUAAAGUGCUGAAAUUUUGGUGUUUAAGUAUUUGAAUAAGUUCUUUGACUACUACAGUCUAUUGUACAUUGGGUUAAAAGCUCUUGAGCAGUAUGCAUUCUUUAUAGCAAUUCUACAAAGACAUUGCAUUAAAUAGAUCGUCUCUGUAGAUACUGUCCUGUCAUACACACAGAAAAAUAGACCACAUAAAAUAGAACAAAAACAAUUUGACAAUUUUGCAAUGAAUGCAAAAUUAAUUCUCAUCCCAAUUUUCCUAAUUGGAUUAUGCCAUGGUCUAAUCUAUGGGAUUAAUCAAAACCCUCCGAAUUAUCAAAAAGUCAUAAAUGAUGUUUCCAAAAUUAAUUUUGUAACAUCAAGUCCAUUAAAUGUUGAUGCUGUACAACCGGCUGUACUCACUAACAGCUCAAAUAAGAUAUGUAGUGAUAAUAAGGUAUGUGUUCGUCAAUAUCUUUGCAAAAAUGGAAAUUUAAACAGGUAUGGUGAAUCAAUUAUUGAACCUCGCAUGGGUUCUGGAUGUGAUAUUGGUAUGGAAACUUGCUGUGAUAAAAGUGAAAUUUCAGAUGAACCAAUUUUAAACCCACUCCCAUUCACAGUUGGAUGUGGCUAUAGAAAUAAAAAUGGAGUUGGAAUAAAAAUAAGUGAACCCACUGAUAACGUAGCUGAAUUUGGUGAAUUUCCAUGGAUGGUGAGAAUUUUGGAGAAAACGAUAAGUAAUAGCAAAGUUGUAAUCUCUCCCAAAUGUGGAGGUUCUUUGAUAGCUCCAAGAGUCGUUUUAACUGGAGCUCACUGUGUGAAUACCACACAAAUCCUGAAUUAUCUGGUCAGAGCUGGUGAAUGGGAAUAUAAUUCAGAUGCCGAACCAUUUCCACAUCAGGACAGACAAGUCGUAGAAAUAAUUAAGCAUGAAAACUUUGAUGAUGGUAAUUUUUUGGAGAACAAUAUUGCUCUACUUUUCAUCGAUAUACCAUUCGAUGAGGCUCCUCACAUCAAAACAGUUUGUUUGCCAUCAGUCAACACAAAUUUUGACAGGUCACGUUGUAUUGCUUCUGGCUGGGGAAGGACAAAAUUCAAAUCAAACAAAUAUCCAAAAAUUAUGAAGAAGAUUGAGUUGCCAAUAGUUCCAAAUGCUAUAUGUCAAAAAGACUUAAGACAAACUUAUUUAGGACAAUCUUUUAAAUUGCAUUCCAGUUUUAUUUGUGCUGGUGGAGAACAUAACAAAGAUACUUGCAAAGGAGACGGUGGUUCACCAUUAGUUUGUCCCAUGGCCAACAAUCCCGAUCGUUACUACCAAGUUGGAAUUGUUUCUUGGGGUAUUGGAUGUCAUAAUAAUUGGCCUGGUGUUUAUGCAAGCAUUCCACAUCUCCGUUCUUGGAUUGAUGAAAUAUUGGCUUAUAAAGACAUCGAUACAAAAAUUUGUACCCCAUAAAUGUGUUUUUAAUUAUUAAAAUGGACAAAGUCAGUGCUAAAAAAAAUAACAAUUAAAAAUAAAAAAAAAAAUUGUUUAACUCCAUUUGAUAGCGAAAUUAUAGUAAAUAGACUUUUUUAUAACUCCUCUAAUUGCUUCAGA